CUUCCUUUCUCGCUUAGUUUUUCAUAUCACACUCAGAAGAGCACGGCACUAUCCCACAUCAAUCUUUGGCUGUAGCAUGACCGAGUUGUUUUCGUUCGCGUCGGUCCUGAAUCCUUGUGAGGAGACGCGGGACGAAAGUGUCGUCUCGGAUCACCCUGAACUGCCUAUGGAGUCUUCACGGAAUCGACGGCGCAAUCCUGACCCGUUCGGAAAGCCUUCCGAACUGCUUCAGCGGAUUGGUCUCCGAGGAAAAGAAGUGGUGAAAAUCCUCAAAGACCGGGACUGGGAGGUGUGUGACCCCAAGGCUCUUCAGGAACACAAACUCUACUACGUCCCAGGAGGUAAAGCCAAAGGCGACUUGGCACUACAGGGUGAAGAUUUUUUCGUAGGCGAGGGUGAACUCUACGCUUACAUUCUGGAAAAAGGUGGACUGCACUUCUUGCUGCCCGAUGAAGGCUAUUCAACAGAAACCAAUAUUAACGAAGAGUCUGACUUCGAAAUUCUAGAUCAACCACUUCCUCUUGUUGCUCCGGUGCGGCAAAACGCAGUAGACACAAGGACUGAUAAUGUAGAGUCGACGGUGCCGCAAGCAAAAGAAAAAUCUGGAGAGUUGUUACAGGAGCCCUCCGAUGCACCAAAAGCAUCGCUAGAUCACCAACCAAAGCAGAAACGUCGGAAGAAAAUUUCGACUGCUAACGGCAAGACAGCGGCGAAAGCUAAAGCCAAAUGUCAAGUGCGAAAGCCACGCAAGAAAGUUGACACAAAAGUUGCAACAUUUGCAGCUCAGUGCAGUGUGAAAGAGGAGAAAAUCCCUUUCGUCGUUGCUGACGGCUGUGGCCACUUUGUGGAGUUUGGAGCGUACGAAGCAGCUCUGACGGCUCGAGGUUGGCGCGCACAACUGUUUCAAGACAUUGAUCUGCACUUGUUACGAUGUGUUGCAGCCAUCGCUCGUCGCCAAUUAGCACUCGAAAUUACUAGUGGGGAGCAACCCCCUUUUUCUCGUUCAAGUGAAGAUUGUACUCAUGAAGGGGUUCACCACGAGCUCAAGGUGGUCUCAUCCGGCAUCAAGGCGUCGCAGAACGAUCUCUCAUCAAUGGUAGCUGUCAUAAUCGGGCAGGCAGAGAGAUCUCACAGUCCUGAACGUGUCGAGUGUGCAGCUCGUAUCGGAAUUCCAGGGUUUGUAUCAACAGGUUCUGGAAACCUAAUGCUCAUGCGAGACAUAGAGCGUCACCUGCUUCUUAUCGUUGCAGCCGUGCGUCAAUAUCUUCGAGCAAGGAGCACGUCCAGUUACACUGGAGGUGCAGUUUCGACAAGCAAACGCUCCGAUCUUCGAGCACUUCAGCUCAACAUCGAAAAGAUGAACGCUGAGCUGACGGAACUAUCGACGAUCGUCAGCACCCAAGCAGAAACACUCUCACAGAAAACUUCAACAACUCCGGUGGAACUCGACGCUGACGUCGAGACCGACAGUGAGCAAUGGCUCGUGUAACUACAAUUAAUUUUGUUUCUAUUGGUCAAAACGCAACAUCCACUUCAACAUGCUACUUCCUUAAUGAUUGGCUAGAAUC